AAAAAUACAGCAAAGCACACCCAACACUGUAGAAAAAAGCUUCCCUCAAAUCUAUGUUUUUAAAGGGGGUUUCAGCAAUGUCAUCUCCUUAUCCCAUUCUGGUUACUGCUACUCAGGUUGGAACAUAUUUUGUUGGGCAAUAUUAUCAGGUACUUCAGCAUCAGCCACACUUGGUGCACCAGUUUUAUAGUGCUUCCAGUACCUUGGUUCGCCUCGAUGGCAAUAACAGGGAUACCGUCACCGGAUUGCUGCAAAUUCAUGCUCUUGUUAUGUCGCUUAACAUCACCGGGAUUGAGAUAAAGACGGCAUGCUCCCUAGAAUCGUGGAAUGGAGGUGUUCUGGUGAUGGUUUCCGGUGCGGUGCGAGUGAAGGAUUUCAAUUCCAGGAGGAAAUUUGUGCAAACAUUCUUCCUUGCACCGCAAGAUAAAGGCUAUUUUGUUCUAAAUGAUGUCUUUCACUACAUUGAAGAGGAACAAAUUCACCAACAUCCUGCCGUCCUAUUAGCCCAGCACAAUCUUGAUCUCAAACUCAAUGCUUUCGUGACAAAUCCCGAACCAGUUCCAAGCUAUAUGCUGGGAGGAGAUAUCCGCGGACAGGAACUUUUGGCUUCCGUCAAUGCCAAAGAAAAUGGUCUCAUUGACAAGUAUAGCUUCCCGGAGCAGCAACUACGACAAGCUGUGGAAUCUGAAAGUAUUGUGGAGAACAGUUGCGGGCAUGAGUCCAACGGUUCACUUCUACAUACGGUGAAUACUGUCCUAGAGCAUAUGCCGCCUCCUGUUGAAGAACCUGUUGUGGAACCCCCAAAACAAACCUAUGCCUCUAUUGUUGCUAAAGGACAACCUGCACCAUCAGUUGUUUCUCAGGUUUCUGUUAACAUGAAGACACCACCCGCUUCCGACUCGGAUCAUGAUACUAAUCACACUGCUCAGCAACCCGUUAUCUCCUCUAAUGCAGUUGAAGUGCCCAGCACUGAUAUCGUUGAUGAAAUUUCACCUGCAGAAUAUGAGGGUGAAAUAAAAUCUGUUUAUGUAAGGAACUUGCCUACCACUGUAUCCAAGUCUGAAAUUAUGGAGGAAUUCAAGAAGUUUGGUGAGAUCAGUCCCGAUGGAGUGGUGAUCCGUAUUCGCAAGGACGUUGGCAUCUGUUAUGCAUUUGUUGAAUUUGAAGACAUGGCUAGUGUUCAUAACGCCGUCAAGGCUGGAAGUGCGGUGGUUGCCGGACAACAAGUGUACAUCGAAGAGCGGAGACCGAACAGCUAUAUACCGUCUCGAGGAGGAAGGAGAGGUAGAGGCCGAGGUGGCUAUCCAAUGGAAGCUUCAAGGGGGCGUUUCAGCAGUCGAAGUUACGGCAGGGGCAGUUCCUACGACGGGAACAACCAAGACUACACUCGAUCACGAGGAAACGGAUUUUACAGGCCGACUCCCCGUCAAGAUCGAGCCCUGUCCGGGAAUCAAGUAUCUAGAAAUGGACAAACUUCAUAGAUUCACAGCAUCUUCUGCAUCUUCUAUUAAAGGAUGAAAACUUCAUACUUCAAAUUUUGUUCUUUCAAUAUU